GGGGUUAUGAGCUUUGCUUUCGCUAGCUUGCGCCACUGACGCUUGUGUGCAUGCACCUUGCAGCCACAUACAGAGGUCAGGGAUAGAUCGUUAUGCCUAUCUCAAAUGCUGAUUUGGGGCUCGAAGGAGUGGGUACCCUGCCAGUCAUCUCCCGAUCGUGACCGCGAGGGUCCCCACAUGAUCACCUGAGUACCCUGCCAGUCACCCAUGUCUUGUGCAUAAAACAAGAGUGUGGUCUGCUUCCAAAUGCUCCCGCGCGCACGACAGAAAAUCCAGCGAUGUCCGACUCUAUCGAAUGCGGGAAUGUCGACAACGGCAGCACGUUCAUGGGGCUGCGCAUCGCGUCGGUGUUCAUCAUACUCGUGUGCUCGACGGCGGGGACGAUGUUUUCCGUCGCGGCGCAGCGCUCGACGUGGCUGCGAGUGCCUAAGCCGGUCUUCGAGUUCGCCAAGUACUUUGGAUCGGGUGUAAUCAUUGCGACCGCUUUCAUCCAUCUGUUAUCACCCGGAAUGGACGAGCUUUCCUCUCCGUGCCUGUCCCCGGCGUGGUUAGACUACCCCUACGCGCUCGCGUUCUGCCUCCUCAGCAUCAUGUCCAUUUUCCUCGUCGAGCUGAUCGCAUUCCGCUGGGGAACCGCGAAGCUGAAGAGGAUCGGGGCCAGCCACGAUCCGCACGGCCAUCGAUCCGACUAUUCCCAUGCCGCACACGGACCGGAGACCUCUGCUGUUCCUGCCCAGGCUGCGGUCCCCUUCGCCUUGGCACCCAAGGUCGACUCUUACAGUGGCAGAUCAGAUCCUGAGAGUGGCGAGGCUGAGCUCAAGGUUGGUCUGUCGAACAUCGAUGACUCGGUGGCGGCGCGGAUCUUGGGCAUUGCGAUCUUGGAAUUUGGGGUGCUGCUUCACAGUAUCCUCAUCGGCCUGACUCUCGCUGUCGAUCCGAACUUCAAGAUCCUGUUCGUAGUGAUCAUCUUCCACCAGACAUUCGAGGGGCUCGGUCUCGGAUCCCGGCUCGCCUCGCUGCACGACACUCUGCCCCCGACCUACCACUUGGUGCCCUACCUCGCGGCGGCCGUGUACGGAAUCAGCACCCCCAUCGGCAUCGCCGUCGGGCUCGGCGUCCGCUCGACCUACAACCCGGGCGGGACCACCGCCAGCAUCGUCAGCGGGAUCCUGGACUCUCUCAGCUCCGGUGUGCUGAUCUACACUGGUUUGGUCGAGCUGCUCGCACAUGAGUUCCUCUUCAACAAGGAGAUGAUCAACUCGAGCAACGGGAAGCUGGCUUAUGCCAUUUGCUGCAUGCUCCUGGGCUGCGGGAUCAUGGCGCUGCUCGGACGAUGGGCUUGAGACUAUCAAACUAAUUCCCCAGUAUUUAAAAAGUAGAGCUAUGCUUCAUAUGACCCCUCUGUCUUCAACACGGC